ACCACCUUUCAGCACAAGCCACCAGUGCAGCCUUACCUCGCCAAUAACAGGGCUGUUAGUCCUGAUGGGAACUAGCGCCGGUGGAUUAUUAAAACGCCAACGUCACUAUGAAUUAAAGAGAGCAGCAGUUCGGGACAGCGUCAGGACAUGUCAGAAAGCUCCUCAGGUGUAGUAACGAACAAUGACAGUUAUCCCAAGUCUCACUCUGCCCGCUACUCUGACCUCAGCGACGCCCACACUUCUCAGGCGGGGCCUUCCCGGCAAAGGGUCUCAGUGGAGCAGAGUCCGGAUUCAGGCUUCAUCGCCACCCCCUCGCCAUCCAGCCGCUUCCGCUUCGUCUCCUGGUACAAGUUAGAGAAACACGAUGUCCGCGGAGACCAGCUCGCCUGCCCUAGAGUCAGAGAAGGUCCCUCAGAGGAAGAACUGUUCCUUAGAGGGGAGCAGAAUGUGCUUAUGGAUAGGAGGAGAGGAGAGGAGGGGCAGAGGUGGGAGGAGAGACUGCAGGAGAACUGGGAGAACUGUGUGGAGCUGAACCUGUCCUACCAGGACCUGGGGGACCCAUACCAGUUGGAGAACUUCAACAGGAUUCUGCGCAGGCUGAUUCGAGUGGAGCGCCUGCAGCUGGUGGACAAUGCGCUGAGGGACCUGAGUUCUAUCCGACUGCCAAGAUGCAUAAGCCUGAAUCUGCAUAGGAACCAUUUGACGUCGAUCCGACAGCUGCCAAAGGUCCCUCGGAUCCAGCACCUCUGCCUGUCGGAGAACAGCAUUGAGGCCCUGGGGGAGCUGGCCUUGCUGGGAGCCACGCCCCUCCAGUCCCUCACACUCAGCCGAAACCCUUGUGAGUUCCUGGAGGACUACCGCUCACGAGUGUUCUCCUGUUUGCCAAAACUGGAAGUCCUGGACGGGAUCCCCAAACUGCUAGAAGACUCUGUGCCUCCCAAGCCCCUGGCCACUUCCAGGAUGUGCACUAUUCUGUGACUUCAGAGAGGGUGAUCUGUCCCCUCAUGCCAUUUUAAUGUGCUCUACUGAAACAUUUAUGUUAAAUCUAUUCCAAAUGUUUUAUACUGGCACACAAACCCAAUAGUCAGACAUUUAUCUAAGAUGAUACUUAUCAACUGCAAAAGAGAGAGAUAUUUAAAUUAAUUAUAUAUACUUUUCCAUAAGAAACUUACAACCUAACAGUGACUUUUGUAUUUGUAGACACUGCAAGCCAUUUUGUGUACAUGUAUUUUCAACAGAUUGUCAGUUGUGCCUGGUUCACAUUUUUCCCAGGUGGAAUCUUUAUCAAUUCAACUUUUUUGAUGGAAUGAUAAGUAAAUGCAAGCAUUCUUUUUUAAUAAAUCAUGUUUGUUUA